AUAAAUGAAAGAAAGAAAGAAAAAUUCUUAGAUAAAAUACCUAGUAAUGAUACAAUGUAAAUGCAUAUCUAUGCUCGCUUGAAUGAUAAUUACCAAAAUCCGAUUUCUAGCCGAUCCUGCAUGUAUGUUUCCAAAGUUUUCAUCAAAUGAAAUCUCCUAAGCUGAACAUUUAGCCACGGGCUUUUUCGAGAUUCACUUCGUGAGCAUUUGAAACACAUUAGUGUUAAAACCGGGGAAGCAAGGUUAUAUCGAACCAUUCAAACCAGGGAACCUUACCUAGCCAGAACAUCCUUUUGCUAGUAUUUCAUUUAUUGCAAUAAGUGUUUUUUUUUUCUUGUUGAACGGAUUUCGUUAAUCUUCUUAUUCUUCUGCUCUUACACACUCUCAUUGGAGAAAUUUCACACGUCUUUCUUUUCAUCUCAAAGGAGGUCAAUAUUCUGAAGUUAUUCGUGUACUUUUCUCCGCUUCGAUAUUGCAUGAUAGAACUCACAAGAUAGAAUCACAUAUGUCACAAUCUUUUACAUCGUCAACAAUACCGUUGGGUUUUGUACAUCACAACGAUCCCGAUUCUGCUGGACCGUUUACACAUGGAGGUUCUAAUGAUAAAAAUAAUUCAAAUAAUUCACAAAAUGAUCCUCAUGGCGGAUCUCUUUCACCUAUAAUAAAUUGCAUGCUUGCCGGUGGUUUAGGUGGUAUGGUUGGGGACACAACCAUGCAUUCCCUUGACACUGUCAAGACAAGACAACAAGGUCUUCAACACAACAUAAAGUACAAGAAUAUGGUGAGUGCAUAUCUUACGAUUUUGAAAGAAGAAGGACUUUUCCGUGGACUUUAUGGUGGAUAUACCCCGGCAAUUCUUGGGUCAUUCCCUUCAACAGCAGCAUUUUUCGGUACUUAUGAAUAUACUAAAAGAAAAUUAAUUGGUGAAUAUCACAUGAAUGAAACUGCUGCAUAUUUUGUUGCUGGUAUCUUGGGAGACUUUGCAUCCAGUAUCUUUUAUGUUCCCUCGGAGGUUUUGAAAACAAGAUUACAACUUCAAGGAAGAUACAACAAUCCAUACACCAAGGGGUCUGGUUACAAUUACAAAGGGUUAUCGAAUGCAAUCAGUUCCAUUAUAAAAACUGAAGGUCUGGCCACAUUUGUGUUUGGAUAUAAGGAGACUCUUUUCAGAGACUUACCAUUCAGUGCAUUACAAUUUGCAUUCUAUGAAAAAUUUAGACAACUCGCUAUUUAUUAUCACAACAAUUCCGGAGACUUACCUAUAUCGACAGAAUUGGCUACUGGUGCAUCUGCAGGUGGAUUGGCGGGUGUUUUAACCACCCCGUUGGACGUCAUCAAGACAAGAAUACAAACAGCAACGACCACCUCCACUACCAUAGCGGAUUCUACUAUCCCAAGCUCAAAUUCGACUUUGUUGAACCGGUCUUCUACAAUCAGGGCACUCUCCUCUAUUUAUAAGAAUGAAGGGAUACUUGGUCUUUUUUCUGGGGUUGGUCCUAGAUUCAUCUGGACUGGAGUACAAAGUUCAAUCAUGUUACUUUUGUAUCAAAUAUCCUUGAAAAAAUUUGAUGAAGUCCUUGGAAAUAAUGGCGUAUUGAAUUAGCCUGACAUCCAUUCUGUAAAUUAGAACACUGUACAUACACACCUAUUUAUAUAAAUAUAUAAUAUACAAUUUUAGAUAUAUAUCAUGUUGAUACUUUGUAGGUGUCUGCGAUUAAUGACAUUUUGAAAAUUUGGACGACGAGUUUCAUCUUUUAACCAGUAAGAU